UCGUCGGUAGCUGCUGACGAUAGUUUGUUAUUAUUAUGGUUCGCGUAGAUUUCGUUUGAUGUCAUGUUUUUGAAAUUAAUACAAUAACAUUGUUUACUCGUCUCGUUCACGUUGGAAUUGUUUUUAUUUCUCUCUCGCUGACCAUUAAUUGCUUGGACGUCCGUCGGAUCCAUUUCACUUAUCGCGGCUGUCGCUUGCCYAUAUAGACGCACCCGCAUACCGAUCGAUAUCGACCGUCGAAUAUCGUUGUUACGAUAAUAUCGUUAAACAUUAUCCCCGUGGUCCUCGGAAUCGACGCCAAAAUGACGGCUGCCACACCGGUGGUGGCUGGUGUCCGCCGACGGACUCGAUAGAAAACGUCCGACAGCCAUUAUUACUGUCGGAUUUCCGGGGUGACGGACGAGACACGUUUGCAAUUCCCUCAACUUCGUACCCAAAUAAAUACUUGUGCCGUUUGUAUAAUAGUUACAAGUCGGUCGUUGUUUCCGAGAGAAAACCAAUAUUUACUCCAUGAACACAACGUGAAUAUAACGGCCAGUUGGUCGCAAUGACAAAGAAAUUUGAGUUCAAUUGGCAGAUCCCAGUUCCUGAUGUGUUGCUACAAGGUUGUUUAUUCGACCGCUGGUCUGAAGAAAAAGACAAUGUGGACAUCGAAAAUAAUUGUUUAUUUAAAGUUGAUGAAUAUGGAUUUUUCAUCUAUUGGAAAAGCGAAAAUCGAGAUGGRGACGUCAUUGAGUUAUGCCAGGUCAGUGACAUACGCUCUGGAGGAUUACCUAAAGAUACUCGACAACAGCAGCAGUUGAUAAAUAAACAUGGCGAUAACUUAGAAGAGAAAUCCCUAACUAUAUGCAGCAACACGGAUUACAUCAACAUAAAUUACCAGCACGUUAUUUGUCCAGAUGCUGCUACAGCUAAACAAUGGCAAGAAGGUCUUCGUAAGAUUACGCAUAAUAACAAAAUGAAUAAUGUUUGUGUACGAACAAAUCUUAUGAAACAUUGGAUGCGAUUAGGCAUGUUGGUGGAUCCAAAAGGUAAAGUUCCUGUAAAAGUAAUUGCUAGAACAUUUGCUUCAGGUAAAACUGAAAAAAUGGUUUACCAGUGUCUGGCUGAUCUCAAMUUGCCUAGUGGAAAAAAUGAUACUAUUGAGCCGUCUGAUUUCACAUUUGAUAAAUUCUAUGAACUUUAUCACAAGAUAUGCCCUAGAAAUGAUAUUGAAGAACUUUUCCAGUCAAUAACUCAAGGAAAAGCUGAAAAUAUCAGUUUGGAUCAGUUUAUCACAUUCCUAAAUGAGAAACARCGCGAUCCUCGUUUAAAUGAAAUUUUAUACCCUUUGUAUGAUGAAAAGAGAGCAAUUGAAAUUAUCAAUGACUAUGAACCAUCUGAAGAGGUGAAGARUGAAAAGCAAUUAUCAAAAGAAGGUCUUAUUAGAUAUUUAAUGUCUGAUGAAAAUGCUCCAGUGUUUUUGGAUCGAUUAGAAUUCUACAUGGAUAUGGAUCAACCUUUAGCCCAUUAUUAUAUUAACUCAUCUCAUAAUACAUAUUUGUCUGGACGACAAUUUGGUGGCAAGUCUAGUGUUGAAAUGUAUCGUCAAACACUUUUAGCUGGAUGCAGAUGUGUUGAACUCGAUUGUUGGGAUGGUAAAGGCGAAGAAGAAGAACCGAUUAUUACUCAUGGGAAAGCCAUGUGUACAGAUAUUCUAUUUAAGGAUGUAAUUUAUGCUAUUCGAGACACGGCAUUUGUAACAUCUGACUUUCCAAUUAUUUUAUCAUUUGAAAAUCAUUGUUGCAAAAGUCAACAAUACAAACUUGCCAAAUAUUGUGAUGAAAUUCUUGGAGAUUUAUUAAUGAGAGAAUGCUUACCUGAUUUUCCAUGUGAUCCAGGAGUGCCAUUACCUCCCCCAUCAUUACUUAAAAGAAAAAUCAUGAUUAAAAAUAAACGAUUAAAGCCAGAAGUUGAAAAAAGUGAGUUAGAGCUGUUUAGAAAAGGUCAGUUUGUCAUUGAAGAUGAAGAAAAAGAGGAUGCAACUGCAGUGACUUCAAAUCCACCUGAAGAAAAAAAGGUUGAAGUACCUGAUGUAGGAACAGGUACUGAAGGCGCCGAGGCUCCACCACCAAUUCAAUAUACUGGAUCAACUACAAAUGUUCAUCCGUGGUUAUCUUCAAUGGUUAAUUAUGCUCAGCCUAUCAAGUUUCAGGGUUUUGAUGUAGCUGAAAAAAAGAAUAUUCAUCAUAACAUGAGUUCUUUUGCUGAAAACACUGGACUUGGGUAUYUGAAAUCUCAGGCAAUUGAAUUUGUAAACUACAAUAAAAGACAGAUGAGCCGUAUAUAUCCAAAAGGAACCCGUGCUGAUUCUUCAAACUAUAUGCCACAAGUUUUUUUGGAAUGCGGGUUGUCAAAUGGUAUCGUUAAAUUUUCAAACUGCUGACUUGCCUAUGCAGCUUAAUCAGGGAAAAUUUGAAUACAACGGUAACUGUGGAUACUUAUUGAAACCAGAUUUCAUGCGCAGAGCAKAUCGAAGCUUUG